GACAGGGACACGCCGACGACCUAGCUCACAAGCACACAGCUGGCGGCAGCUACUUAUUGGCGGCCAUUGCCUUUGUUGCGCCAGCAGACCUCGCCGUUGCCUCUCCCCAAUCACCUUCCAAUGGAUCUUCGUCAGGCCGUGGCACAUCCCCGUCGGCGGCGGCAAAAGAUGAAGAUCUCUGUGAAGACCCUCACUGGAAAAACAAUUGUCAUCGAGGUGGCGUCCUCUGACACGAGUGACAACAUCAAGGACAAAAUUCAGGAGAAGGAGGGCAUUCCCCCAGACCAGCAACGACUUAUCUUUAAUGGAAGACACCUUGAUGCUGAGUGGACAGUUUCAGAUUACAAUAUUCAGGAGCAGUCCACCCUGCACCUUGUCCUGCGCCUUGGUGGUCCUUGUACCGUUUGUUGUUAUAGAUAUAUUAAUGUGCAGAUGCUCGCUGGCAAGACCGUCAGCAUCGAGGUAGAUCCAACGGACACGGUUGACACUAUCAGGGAAAAGAUUUGUGCUCCCCAGAGGCUCUUCUUUGCUGGCAAGCAGCUUGAGGAUGGACGGACAAUUGCAGACUACGAAUUUGGGAACAAUAUCAGUCUGCACCUCGACUUUGGCAUGCAGAUUUUCGUGAAGACUGCCAUUGGUAAGACCACCACUCUCCUGGUAGAGCCGUCUGACACGAUCGACAGCAUUAAGGAGAAGAUUCAGGGCAAGCAAAGGAUCAUCUUCGAUGGGAAACAGCUAGAUGGUCAGGGCACCCUUACUGAUUACAACAUUAAGAGAGGCUCCACCCUAUACCUUCGUCCCAGCAAGAAUGGUGACAUGCAGAUUCUUGUGAAGACACAAACCAGCGAAACCAUCAGGCUCAUGUUUAAACUUUCUGACACUAUUGGUGAUGUGAAGGCAAAGAUUCAGGAGAAGCAAAGGAUCAUGUUUGAGGGCAGGAAGCUAGAUGAUGGGCGGUCUACCCUUGCCGAUUAUGAUAUCCAGGAAGAGUCCAUCUUGCACCUUGACUUUGGCAUGGAGAUAUUUGUGAAGACACCCACGGGCAAGACCAUCACUCUUAACGUGGAUCCAUCUGACACAGUUGACAGCGUUAAGGAAAAGAUUCAUGGAAAUCAGAUUCUCCUCUUUGGUGGCAAGGAGCUUGAAAGUGGACAGACACUUGAGGAUUAUGAUAUCCAGGGAGGGUCAACAUUGCAUGUUGAGGAUUGUCUUACUGAAGGAUGAGUCCAUUGGUACCACUAGCAAUGUGAAGGCUACGAUCCUGAUAAAGACAUAAGGUGGCUAUUCCCUCAUAGUUCGUGUUGCACCUGUCCUUGUUUUGUCUGGGAAUAUACCCAGAACUAAUGUGUCAUCCUGGGCCAACUAUCCCUCUAUUAACUUUGUGCUUCUUUGUUGGAUUGCAUCUUUAUCAUAUUAAUUGAACUGGAAGGAGUAUUAGCUUUGAAUGCCCGGGUCGGGUCCGUGUAUGCCAACUUGGAUUCUCUAUGCUUGUAACUAUAAAGUCAGCAUCUCUCCUGCACGGUGCAUGACGCCUUCUCGUCUCCACGACAUUGACACUUUUUUUAGAUCAUGUCAAAAAGUUUCUUUAGGCCUUAAUGUAUCAACCCUUAUAAAGCGUAACAAUGAAAUUGUGUCUAGAAAGCAUUUUGGUUGUUGCACUACUAGAGAAAACCUUACUAGUGGUGCUCGUUUUUUACAUACCUGCUAGGGCGCUACAACUAUUAUUUAAUAGUAGCGCGUUUCUAAACAAGCGCUGCAGCUAAAAUACUUAGUAGUAGUGCCUCUUUCUCUACCAACGCUACUACUAUCAUCACGUAGUAGUAGCGCCCUAUUUUCUUCCCACACUACAACUAGGUAAAUAGAAAUAAA